AUGUCCACUCACCCCGAAGAACCCACCGCCACCCCCCCGGCUGGAACCAACUACCUCGACCUGGGCAUCACGCUCGCCCUCCACAACUGGCCGGCGCUGACGCUGGCCGUGCAAUCCCUCUGGGGCGGCCCGACCUCGGUCGACAAGCGGGACUGGCUGUGCGGCGCGAUCUCCGAGAUGCUGGCGACGCGGCCGGAGACGGACUCGUACGACCUGGAGGACGUGCUGGUGCAGGUGAUGACGGACGAGUUCGACGUGGACGUGGACGACGAGAGCGCCGCCGCCGUCGCGGACCAGAUCAUGGAGAUGAAGGCGCAGACGGAGCGCGGGGAGUACGCCGGCAUCCAGCACAUCGGGCGGCGGGGGCGGGGGAUGGGGGAGGAGGAUAGUGAUGAUGAUGAGGAUGAGGAGGAUGAGGAAGAUGGAGCGAUGGAUGUGGAUAUGGAUGAUGCGGGGGCGCCUGCCUUGGUGCGCGCCCCCAGGGAGAAGGUGGAGCCGGAGGUCGAUGAUGAUGGGUUUACGACGGUUGUGUCGAAGAAGCGCCGGUGA